CGCGCUAAUUAAUUUAUUGCUAUUCCAUUCAUUAAUCAUAAAAGUAGAAUGCAACGGCUUAUAACUUACAGUUAUUUUAUUCAUUGGUAAACGCAUAUUAGAAGAGUGAAUCGGAACGUUAUGUUUAUUUACGUUCUCAAGACAAUCACACGCAAAAUCACAAUAGUCAUUACGCACAAAAGUCCAUUGAGCGAAAAUUUGUAGUGUGAUGUACAUACCGCAGCCCUAAAGAUGCGGUGGUAUCUGCCGGGGACUGAGAGCAUAAAGAAGAGGGCUUGCAGAUAUCUGCUCCAGCGUUAUUUGGGCAAUUACCUGGAAGAAAAACUAACUCUUGAUCAGCUGAGUGUCGAUCUAUACAAUGGUACAGGAACCGUGUGCGACGUUAGCCUUGACUGCGAGGCAAUCAAUGAGCUGGGGGACUCACAAAAUUGGCCACUUGAAAUUGUCGAUGGGCAGAUGCAAAAGAUCACCGUGACGAUUCCGUGGUCCACUUUACUCACCGAUGACUCCAUUGUUGAGGUCAAUGGCUUAUCGCUCACAGUCCAACCCAAAGUGCCGACGGAGCCAGCAUCCACCAUGCUGGAGUCCAUGUGGUCCUCCAUGUCCUCAUCCAUGCAGCUGGCUGAAGAGUGUCUCCGGAAAGAGGCUGCUCCCACGGAAACCAACCCCGUUGAAGGAAUAGAGAUGUUUGCUCAUGCCAUAGAUUCAAUUUUGAGUCGAGUAAAAAUCCGUUUCGUCAACACGAAGAUAAGAUUAGAGCAUGUUCCCAAGAAUGGAAAUAAAGGAAUUGCCUUAGAAAUACACAUAGAGAAAAUUGACUACUACGACGAAGCAGGAAACGAGCCCACUCCAGACGUCACUGACCCGGAAAAAACUAAAACCUACAUUGUAGCCACAUACUCUAACAAAAAGAUCAAAUUUGAAGGUGUCACCCUAUACACGGACGAGUUUCCGUCCAAACUACGGACAAUGGCCCGGAGCCUUGUACUUGAAAAAUCAGUCUCAUCACAAGCAGAUAAGGCUGAAAAUAGCCAAGCAGAAGCUACAGACACGAACAACCAAAGCAUGAUCUCAGAUGUUUUCUAUGAAACUAGAAGUGUCAUAUCAACUAUAGAAUCCGAUCCUAUCAAAGAACUUAUUGAAGAAGUGACAUCUCAUCCAGAACUGUCUAGGGAAACAACACCAGAGGAGAAGGCUAGCCAACCAGAGCCCAUACUAUUUGCUAAAUUGACCGGUCACCAAGAAUUGUCCCUCAAAAUGAAACAUUCCGAGGAAGUUGAAGGACCCAUGGUGGAACUCAAGAUGUUAUUAGGAUCAUUUAUUGUAUUUAUAUCUCCUAGGCAGUUACAUACGUUGAUAGAACUAGUCAAUGCACUGAAUCAACCAGAUUUAGAAGAUAGAAGCAAUGUACCACUUCGUCCAAGCGGCAGUAAUUUGCAGUGCAAGCCGAUGCGGCCGGCAGACUUCCAGUUGAUAGAAGCUCAGCUGCUGGGUAACUUUGAGAAGGACAACGCGAAGCCCAGGACUGGCAUGUAUGGCUGGUCCGGACCUAGCUUCGAAGAAAGUGACCCAGAAGGUGACAACUUCCAUCCCAUGACGUCACCCGGCCAAAUGGCUGAGAGUUUCUCGUCUUCAGUAAGCUCGAUGAGCGCAAGUAUAACGUCCAGCGUAAACAUCCCUACGGUGCAGCCACGAAUUAAAAGGAAUAAAAAAGUGCCGCACAUUGAUGGCGAUCCUACAGCAGAAGUAUCUCAUAUGAGUUUUAGGGUUGCCUCGCUGUCCUGCGUACUUUUACAUAAGGAUAUUCUAGUCUCCGCUCCACUAAGUUCUGACUGCAUAUCACCGGUCAGUGCUAGCAAAAUGCAAGAGAUAUCAAAUAAGUUCUUCGAGACAUUACAAGAUAUCCCCGUGACUAAUAAAGCCAUUCAAGAUGCUGCCGGUAGAAACCAUUUAAGGCUCAUGGCCUCAGAGAUGACGUUAGACGGAAGCGAGAAGGUGACGACGCGCGGCAGUCAGACCGUGUGCGAAGCUGCCAUACAACAACUACUGAUACAGGAAUGCUUGUACUACCAGUCCGAGAGUGGCACUACGGAGUCUGACUGCUUUGACCUGCUGAGGUUUGAAGCCAAAGAUGACGAGGACGCCAAAGCGCCGCCGAGACCCGACAUCAGGAUCAACCUCAAACAAACAUCCAAAUACAUGCGCGUCGCUGGGGAGAAGAAGCUCGUAUAUCCCACCACUGAUGUUGUGGUAAAAUGUCUUCCAUGCUACAUAGACGUGGAACUGACUAUAAUAGAGCGAAUGUCGGCCACGUUCUUCAACGGACCGUCCACCACAGCCUCGCCACCGCCGAACAACGUGCAGAAUCAGUUCAACUGCACUCUGCACUGCCCGGACCUUAACGCUACAUUGAGGUUCCCAAUAGUGGAUCUCCGGCCAGGCAUCAGCCGCGAGGUGCGCCGCGUGCGACCAGAUUUCCUCGUGUUCAAGUUCCAGAAAGUGAACAUCAACUCACAACAGACGCCCAGCGGUCGCCCGCAGCCGACCACCGUCACUGUUAAAGCUAUGAGUCUAGACCUUUACUAUUAUGAAAACGAAACAUCUUCAGGCACUCACAUAGCUAAAACUACUAUGGAUGACGCAUUUGCCGGGGAUGUCCUAAAAGGUGAUAUCACAGCACCAUUGCCCAUGAUUACCCUAACUUUUAAGCCAAGUAAAACGGCCAAGGGCCCAUUCGACUCGCUCCACGAAGAGGCAGCGUUUGAGCCCGUCAGCACCAACCCUAUGACCACUUCGAUGUACAUAAUGAACAAUUUGCACAGCUCCCAGCCUAGCCCCUUUAGUGCCAAGAAAACUGCACACCAGAGCUUUACGAAACACGAGGGCAGCCCGCACGGACAAGAUGAAGAAUUAAUAGUUCCUGGGAAUGCGGAGGAAAUGAACGACUUCAGUAACAGUGCCAUAGAACACUCUUCUAUCCACCUAGACUUCAACCUGCCUAUACUCAGUCUACAACUCGAAUCAAAGCAGUUGUACGAAAUAAUUUACAACCGGAUCAAUUCGGAUCUGUUGCUUUGGGAGCCUCAGAUAGUAGACCCGUUUGAGAUCAGCCCGCUCAUGUACGGGACCAUUUAUCCGGCUUUCGGAAUGUGCAAGGGUUCUGGAUAUGAUUCAGACUCUGGAAGCUCAGCUUCGGAAGAAGAAAACUUGUACUAUUCGACGUACGAUAACAAACUAAAGAAGGGACUCGGCGUUAACAAGCCUAGUCUGUACGAGAAGAAGGAGACGCACAACUUUUGUCUCACUUUCAACGUCGGAAAAGGAUUGCUUACUAUUUACGCACCCGUGCGGGAUGCGAAUAAACGAGUAGUCCCCGGUCAGAUGGGUGAACUGGUACUCGAAGCUCACAACUUGACCAUGUGCGAGGUGAGCGGUCUCAACGGGCAGCCCAAGACUGCGCAACUGUGUAUGCGCGCAGGGAAAGUUACACUCUAUCACGAAGCUCUCCUGACAAUCCCGUCCGAAAAGCCAGGCCUCAGGUUAUACGGCAAGACACUACCUCCACAUUUGAAGAGCACCAUCUAUCCGUCCGGCAAGGGAGUCAUCAUCAAGGAGCGACAUCAGAAUAAGGACAUGUUCUCUAUGGCUCUGAAGGUGGAGCCUGAUUCUGAAACACCUGGGUUAAAGACGAUCUGCAUAGCCCUGGGCUUAGAACAAGCGACAUUACGUCACCGCGGCGACAAGGGCAUCGCGUGGCUGUCCCAACUGAUGGACGUGCUGGACGUGUUGGACUACCCCGUGCCCGGGUACACGCCCGCCACCGUGCUUUCCGAGCUGCACGUGCACAUAUCCGACUGCGCAGUCGACUACAGACCCCUCUACCUACCAAUCCGCACCGUUGUGACCCUCGGCAACUUCAGCGUCUCAAGCAACAUAAUCCAAGAGACGAACACAUCUAGUCUACGCUUCCUCGCUCAAGAAUGCACCCUAUUCCUGUCCCAUUUGAACGUCAAACCUAAUACUCAUAUACCGCAAGAUGACGACAAGUUACCUGAUGUGCAUAAGGAUUACGUUUGUGUGGUGGAUGUUGGGCUGUUUGAGCUGUCGUUGAGGAUGGAGGAUAAAGUCAACAGUUCCAAAGAACAACCUCAAGUAGACCUCAGCGCAUCGAACAACAUGGUCACCCUAUACACCUGCUGGGACUCUGCUUCGGCGCUGUGCCGGCUGCUGACGUACGCGGCGUCCGACGGCGACUCGCAGCCGCCCUUCGACCGCUCCUCGCGCCACACCAGCAUAUGCUCCGACCAGCCCGAGCCUCUAGUCGGACUAGAAGACAGACCAAUAGAAGAAAUACGUGAACUCUCGCCCAGCGAAAUACAACAGGUCAACGACAUGAUGGCAGAGGCGAUGAAAGAAAGUCCCAACGAUACGCUCGAUGACGACGACCUCCACAGUUCGACCGAAAAAGAAGGUGUCGAGAUAUUUUUCUUCCCCGACGAGUCCAACUCCAAACGGCCCCUGGACCUACUUGAAGAAUGCGAGCCCAAGUCUCUCGACUCCGAGGACUUCCGACCAGUGGAUGAGGCGUUCGAAGCAAAACCAACUAUGGUGCAAGUGGCUAAGGAUCUGGGCGACCCGACUUCCACGCCUAAGACUACGCCAAAGAAACCUAAACGGAAAAAGGUCAAAUCCGGCGGCGACGGCAGCAACACCGACGACGAAUACUGCAUCAUCGAAUCUCAGCCGUACUGCGAGGACAAUGAUCUCGACGAGCCGGUCGUCAACUGGAUAGGCCCCGGGCCCGUGUACAUGUUCGAGAACCACUUCACUGUACCCGCGGCGCGUAGCGACGUGCUCAAGGCUCCAAAGAGCUUCCCGCUACCAGUUUUGAGAUAUACGCUAUGCGAGAUGAGUGUUACGUGGAACAUGUUCGGCGGGAGCGACUUCAAAUCUACCGGCGACCCGCCGCCCUCCAAAAAGACGGUCACCAUUGACGACACCAAACAGGCCUCACCAACGCCUUCUAAACGCAGUAAGGACUACGAACCAUACGAGGCCGGGCGUGCAAUCACGGCCGCUUACCGCCAAGGAGUCAGCUGGUCGUCCGGUUCGGAGCGGGUCCUACCGCGCAUGAACCCACACCCGAAGCGGAAAGAACUCAAGUCGAGGGGCGGAAGACAUAGGGACCACCAUACUUGUGUCAAACUGUGUCUCACUAAGGUUAAAUUCCAACACGAGACAUACCCCAGCAGCGGCACACACGCGUCCCGGCAGACGCUCGCCGUCAGCAAGAUCGAGGUGCUCGACCGCCUGUUGUGCAGCGACAUCAACAAACUGCUCAGCCAGUACAAGCUCAAGGACGAGCCCGAACGAAGCAACGCUCAUAUGUUGGUAAUAAAGGCCGUGCACAUGCGACCGGACCCCGCGCUCUCCGCACACGAGUGCUGCCUCAAAGUCUCACUACUGCCGCUACGAUUCAACCUGGAUCAGGACACGCUGGCUUUCCUCGUCGGGUUCUUCUCCAAACUUGGCACGGACGAGAACAAUGACGAAGACACAAAGAGCAUAAGCGGGCUGUCAACAGACUCGAGUAGCUCACGACAAACCACACCAACGCACCGGCCUCCGGUCAUGAGCAUAGCCAGCCACUUGAAGGACCCGCCACCAACACCGACUUCGCUAGGAGAUGCUGAUGCUUUGAGCCUCAACGAGACUGUGCUCCGAGACGACGAACCUCUGAUGGAGCCCUACGAGGCCGAGCGCCUGGUGUCCGAGAACCUCAUACAACUGGAGGAGGACUUCAACCGACUGGGCAUUAGCCAGGAGAAGCCCACCACCAAAGUGGCGGUCGACCUGGAGCCGGUUGACGACUCGCCGAUUUACUUCAGGAGGGUAGUGUUUUCACCCGAGGUCCCGAUCCGGUUAGACUACGUCGGCAAGCGCGUGGACCUGUCCGCGGGCCCGGUGGCCGGCCUGCUCAUGGGCCUGGGGCAGCUCAACUGCUCGGAGCUCACACUCAAGAGGCUAGACUACAAACUUGGGCUACUUGGCCUCGAGAAGCUGGUACAAUGGGCCUUGCACGAGUGGUUGUCGGACAUCAAGCGGCACCAGCUCCCCGGCCUGCUCGGCGGCAUCGGGCCCAUGCACUCGCUGCUGCAGUUAAUAACGGGAAUACGCGACCUGGUGUGGCUGCCCGUGGAGCAGUGGCGGCGCGACGGGCGGCUGGUGCACGGGCUGCGGCGCGGCGCCGCCUCCUUCACCGCGCGCACCGCCGUCGCCGCGCUCGACAUCACCACGCGCCUGCUGCAGCUCAUACAGGCGACGGCAGAAACGGCGUUCGACAUGCUAACGCCCGCGCCGACGUUACAACUCGCGCCGGCGUACGAGCGCCGCGAGCGACGCCGCCGCCGCCGCCGCGACCCCGCGCGUCUGCCGCAGGACAUCCGCCAGGGCGUCGCCACCGCAUACCACACCGUCAAGGAGGGCUUCGCCGAAACGGCAGCAACCAUGGCACUGGCCGCGCGCUGCGAGAGCGGGGUGGGCGUGCUGCGGCACCUGCCGGGCGCGGCCGUGGCGCCGCUGGCGCUGGCGGCGGGCGGCGCGGCCGACGUGCUGGGCGGCGUGCGCGCCUCGCUCGCGCCGCACCAGCACCGCGACAGCGCCGACAAGUGGCGCGCGCACUGACCCACG